AUGAAAUCGCACUAUAGAAGUGAUGUUAAACUUUUGUUUAAGACAUUAAAAAGGUUAUGUGAUGAACGCGCGAAAGAUAUUAUCGAAGUAUGUUUUGCAAAAGACGAAAAAUUUGCUCUUGAAAUAUUAGUAACAAAAUCAAAAUCAUUUUUUAACUAUAGUCCACUAGAAUUAGCCACUGAGGAUCUUAAUCGUUGUCGUCAAUUCAUAUCAUCCAGCGCUGUUAAAAGAUAUGUUGAUAGAAAGUGGUAUGGAGAAAUGUCUGAACGGCACACAUCAAAAGCAGCUCUUGAGCUUUUGUUUUUAUUAUUAACAGUAUGUCCAAUUUUGAUCUUUACUACUUGGUUUGAUUCAAUAUUAAUGACUGAAAAACAGAGAGCAAUUGCACAAAAGCCAAUCAAUAUCUCAGCAACGAUACAACUUCUUGAUUUGCGCCUUUUACCAAAAUUCACUAAAAUAUUUGGUCUACAAGUGCCACUUUGGAAACGUUUUGAGAACAGCGAUUGA